AUGUCCUCCCCUUUCAAACCCUCGGCUAAGCAGACACUACUGCCCAACUCCAACAUCAACAACUUAUUAACUGAUACCCAUUCAAUUCCUUCAAGUUUUGGUCUUGAAAGUAAUCAUACCACAACUCCAUAUCAUCAUGAAAGACCAACUUUAAACAGAUUGCCAACCUUAUACGAAGUGUUGAACAGAAGAACAGAACCACCAGUGGACCUAUGGAGUUUCUAUAUCUAUAUGAGAGAUUAUCAAAACUCGGUAGAUUAUUUGGAUUUUUGGAUUGAUGUUAUAACCCAUUUGAGAUUGUGUAAAGAUUAUGUUAAAGGUUUAAGAGAAAGUUUAUUAUUGAGUGAAAAGCACAAGAGUUCAAGUGAUGAGAAGAAAAGACAUACAACAACUAGUUCCACUGAUGAAGGGAAUGGUGGUGCUGAGCAAAGAGCUAGUGUUAGUUCUUCUUUAUUAUUAGAGGCUUUAUUAAAUGAAGGGUUUUUGGAUGAUAAAGAUAAUAAAAGACAUAAAUCAGGUUCAAUUCAAGAACAAAGAAACUCCACAAGGAUAUUACCAGAACAGUUGGAAAGAUAUACCCAAAACAUUAAAAACGGUAAUAUAUCAAGAACUACUUUAAAAUCAUCAUCAAGAAACAUUUUGAAUACAUAUUUCCAAGAUUCAUCUCCAAGGAAAUUACAAAUCCCUGAUAGGAUCAUUAGGAAAAUUAAACAUGAUGUGGAAUUACAAGGUCGUGAUGAUCCUGAAGUUUUCGACGAUGCAAGAAAUUAUGUUUAUAAUUUAAUGGAGAGAGAAUGUUUUCCAUUUUUCCUACAAAAGAAUGCUUUGCAUAAUUUGAACAAUAAGUCUUGUUUGAUUAGAUUAAUAUUGGGACUUUUUUGGAUAUUUGCUGGGUUUUGGAUAAGUUAUGUUUUGAUAUUCAUAAAUAUAAAACCAAAGGCAAUAAGAGCUGUUAUAAUUGUUCCCUUUUUGAUUGGAGUUUAUUUGAUAUUGAGUUUUUUAUACAAAUUGGAUCCAAUUAUGGUUUUUGCUAAAUAUAGUGAUAAUCAAGAAUUAUAUCAACCUAAAAAUCAAAAGUUGAAAAAAUGGGUACGAAAUUUAAAAGAACCUUUUGUUUUAAGACUAUUGAAGAAAAGAGCAUUAUGGGUAAUAUUUCUUGUAUUGAUCAUUACAGCUAUAUUGAGUAUAUUAUUUGGAUUAGUCCCAGGUCAUAGACUAUGA